GUGGGCUGGUGUUUGUAUGAUGGAUGCCCGUGAUUGGUCAAUAGGGGUUGUUCUGACUUUGUCGGACACAGGACCGACCCACCUCCAUACACUUGCCGUGAUGGCCUAGCUUGUAUGUUUCUGAACAUAGAACGCUGCAGAGCGGUUUUUAAAAUAACACGUUUACAAAGAGAAAGUCACAGUGGUGUUUCUGAAGGUUACUAUUCAAUUGGGGAAAAAAAGGAAUGGGGGGCGGGAAAAAUGCUUUCCACGCGAGAGGUGCAGAGGAAGGAAAUGGCCCAGAGGAGGGGACCUGUGCAGGUUCAGAGUGUGCCUGGCCCACAGGUUCAGCUUGCAGUGAUCCGGACAGCUCUGAGGAAGAGGACCGUGUCCCACCCAAGGAAGAGGAGGAAGGUUAGCUCCUCUGGCUGUACAGAGAAAGGGCAGCUGAAACUGUCAGUCAGUACUGAGGAUGGGGUUAUUGUUCUUCAUAUCAUGGAAGCCAAGGGACUGAUGGGUAAAGAAUACAGGACUUGUGAUUCUUACGUUAAGAUGGCUCUUGUACCUGAUACUGACCGCAGCAGUCGUCAAAAGACAAAGACUGUUCCAGACUGCAGAAUCCCAGUGUUCCACGAGCUCUUCAGAUUUUCAGUAAAAGAUGGAGACUAUCAGAAAAGGCUUCUGGUUACAGUCUGGAAUCGCGACAGAAACUCCGGGAAAGGUGAGCUGCUGGGAUGCAUGAGCUUCGGGGUGAGCUCUUUAAUUGCACAUGAAAAGGAAAUCGGUGGCUGGUACUAUCUCCUGGGAGAAGAGCUGGGAAGGACAAAGCAUUUGAAAGUGGCUGCACGGCAUCGCAAGCAGCGUCAGGAAGCUCCAAACCAUGCAGCACACACCGAGAGAAGCCCUGAGAAUAUGGACAGCUUAACGGUUACAAUCCUUCGAGGAAAGGAUGGCUACGGAUUCACCAUCUGCUGUGACUCUCCAGUUAGAGUACAGGCAGUAGACCCAGGAGGUCCAGCUGACCAGGCAGGGUUACAGCAGUUAGAUACUGUAUUACAACUGAAUGGGCAACCAGUGGAGCAGUGGAAAUGUGUAGAGCUUGCUCACACUAUAAGAAACAGCCAGAGUGAGAUCACUGUUUCAGUGUGGAGGACGGUUCCUCAGAUAAAGCCAGGUUUUGAAAGCCUGAUCCGGCUGUCAAACAAGUGCAACUACAACCCUCGGUCUCCGCCCAGCAAGAGGGAGAAGAACUACAGCAGGCAGCCAGUCCCCUCAGAGCAGAGGCAGAGCUGCCACAUACUGUACAAUGGGACUGACUACAGCAGCCAGCCAGCCCCCUCAGAGCAGAGGCAGAGCUGCCACAUACUGUACAAUGGCACUGACCAAGGGUCUCGUAACGGCUGGGCCCAGCAGGAGCAGGGAGAGAGUAAAACAGCCCACACUGUGCAGGGCCCCCGUGUGGCAGCUUCAGGAGACCAGAACUACAUCCUGCUCGCUCCAAUAAACCCAGGCAGCCAGAUCCUGCGGCCUGUGUUCCAGGAGAAUCGUGGUACUCUUGGAAGGGUUUAUAGAGGGCGUGCUCAUGGGGGAUUGCAACGAAGAUCGACCCUUAUUGGAUCUACUACAAACAUGUCAAAAACACCCGUCCACACUCUGAAGAACUACGCAGAUUAUCAGAACUGCACCGUAGUUCGAUCUCAUAUUCCUCACACCAGCUAUGGGACGUACGUGACACUGGCACCAAAGGUUUUGAUCUUCCCAAUCUCUGUACAGCCUCUGGAUCUGUGUAAUCCUGCAAGGUCUCUUGUCUUAUCUGAAGAGAUGAUUUUGCAUGAAAGCAAGCAUCAAUCUGUCAAGGUGACUGUUUUCAUCUACACUGAUCUGAUGCUGCUCACCAGAGAAGAUGAGCUGGGCCGGUGCAACGUGCUGCAGAACCCUCUCUUCCUUCAGCACCUGAAGCUGCAGGAGGAUUCCUCUGAGGAUCUGAAGUUUUACCUCCACGUCACAGAGAAGUCGGAUUGCUUAUUAAGUUUGGAAUCUUAUUCGGAAAAGCAGAAGAGGAGGGUUUGCCGGUGCCUGAAGGAGAGCAUUGAAAAGCAGUAUCAGGAGAGAGCAGCACCUGCUGCAGAGGACAAGAAGAUUACUGAGCACGAUCCGGAGCUGCAGCCGCAGGCCAGCGAAAAACCCGGACUUCACCACUCACCUUUCACUACCGGAACUGUCUUUGUGUUUGCACCUUUUAGCACUUGAAUCACGCACUGUCUUUUGUGUUCGUGUUUAGUGUGGGUGUCGGAACGGGACUUUGGGGUUGCGGGUCAAACC